AUGCCUCAAUCAUCAUACUUUGAUUUCGAGAAAGCGAGCUUCACUCCCCCAGCACCUCCAACACACACCAGCGAAGCUUCUGAAACUCAAUCAAGCACUCAAAUUUCUUCAAGAAUACAAACAUCCAUUACAACUGUCUCAAAAACUGUCUCAAAAACUGUCUCAAAUUCUCCAAGAGAACUCCCACUGGAGCCUACCAUCCCGGGAUUUCCACUAUAUGAUUGUUUUCCUCGAGAACUCAAAUGCGAGGUCAUGUACCAGGCUGCACUUGAAAGCACACCACGUAUGAUGCCAAUCAAUAUCGAAACCAGACUACGUUCGCCAAGUACCAGACUACCCAGCGAUCGCAUCGACGCCUUCCUCCAAGCUGGCGGAAAGUGGAAGAUGCAAAAAGGAGACUUCCAAUACCUUACCAUAACCCGUGGAUACGGAUGGCACGCGCUAGACGAGCUCAUCCUGGAGCAAUUCCAGUUUCGUCCAGAUAAAGAUGUCCUGUGGUUCUCUGAAGUAUUUUUGGAAAACUAUCAGAACAUCAAUAUAUAUCCUUCUGACAGCGUGAAACGUUUGGUAAUAAAUCUCGAGAAUUUCCGAGAGUUAUUGACUCUUUACAAGGGCAACUUCUUGCUAGAGCCCCCCAAACACUCGACUCUGUUCAUCGGUAAACUGAAAAAGCUGGAGCACAUAUACGUAGUUCCGGCUUGCAGUGCUAUAAAAGAAAUUCUCAGUGAGGGCCUUGUUCUUAUGGAGGAUCAUAAUGAGCUCGAUACUUGUACUAGAGAUAUUCUGCUGAAAUUGUGGUUUUCCUGGCUCGAGAAAGAGUCUGAGAAUAUUGGUUGGGAUCCGCCGAGCAUUUCUUUCAAAAGAAUUCGCUGGACAUGA